UUAACAAUGCUGGUUGUCCAUCUUUAUCCCUAAACCCAAUUAACUAACAUUGACCCUUUCUUUAUAAACCUUCCUUAUCAUUUAAUCAAUUCCCAAAUUGAAAUUAACACUCAUUCAACAAAACGACAAAAUCUUCUCUUUGAAUUCUCCAUCAUUUUCAGAUCCUCUAGUUGUUAACACAACACAAUCAAAGAAGAAGAAAAAAAUACUUAUAAAGCGAAAAACGGUGUCGUAUAGAAGGAAAGAAAGCUUAUAACGCGAAAACGGUGUCGUAUAGAGGAACAUAGAAGAGAAAUGAGAUGUAAGAAACACUUACCGGAUAUUUCCAGCACCGUCGGCGUUUGCGCCUCUUGCCUCCGUGAGCGCCUCCUAAAAAUCGUCGUCGAGAGUCAGGCACAACCGUCACAUUUAUCUGUCUCCGAAACAAAACCUCCGUCGUUGCAGCCGAUUUUCCCACGGUCGGCUUCUCCGUUCGUUACGCACCGGAAAUCAGAUGACUGCCGGCAGGAGGUUUUGUUUCAGAGCACACCGCCUGGUGAUCGUGGAUUAUCCGCCGCGUGUGACGGAGCAGCAACGCAAUCUUCGAAGAGGAGGAUAAGAAAAUUCUGGAUUCUGUCAGAUUUAUACCGUCCCCGUCCGAGAUCUAGUAAGACUGAUAAUUCGUCUGGCAAAUCGUGUGAACCGUCGUCGUCUUCGGUUUCUCCUCGUUCGUUGACGUGGCUAUCGGUGAUCCUCCCUGUUCGACGGCAAAACAACCGUGUUAGCGAUCAACGGAGGUGCCGUGAAUUGGACCGCGGAGCAACACCUGUGGAUAAUUUCGAAGGACGAGAUCAAUCGGAAUCAGGAACUUCGCUGGAAUCUUCGCCUUAUGGAAAUAAGACGACGGCGGCGGUUACUGCGCGUCGUUCACGGCUAUGUCACGCCGGAAAAAGCUUAGCGAGCAUGGCGUUAUGUUUGAGUCCGUUGGUUCGGGCGAGUCCGAACCGGAACUGGAGUAACCAUAACCAUAAGGGAUUUUCGCAUGAAUUGGGUGUGGGUGGGGUGCAGCAUAUUUCCACUGCAGCCUCAUUCUGCACCAAUCGAUCAAAGAAGCUUGUUGAUUUGGGAAGAGUCGCUCAAAAUCACAAACGUUGAUUUUACUUACAUUGAUGUCAUUUUACCGUGGUAAUUAUUUUUUUAUUUGUUUGUAUGAGUUUUUCAAUGUAUUGUAUUGUACAUUCUAAACUCAAAGAAAUUGAAUUUGUAUAAAGAUAUCAUUGACUUUGAGGUACAAA